CCAGCCCAGCCAGUCAACCAACCAGCCAGCUACUCAGUCAUCUCGCACACUUUACACAAUGUUAAUUCUGUUUUUUUGGGGAGACUACUACAGAGAAUAUGUUGUGUUGUGUUGUCCUCCACUCUGAUUGAGUUUUCUAUAUUGUUUGAUGAUUUACACUCUGGUAUCUCGUCGUAUCAAUCUUUUAAACAAUUUUUUUCUUUCGUUUAUUUCGUGCAGUUGAACACAAUGUGAGUGUAUAUUCAUUCAUACAUACAUACACAUGUAUUUCUGUAUGUAUUUCUGAAUUUUUGUACUGAUGUGUAUAUAUAUGACUGUAAUGUUUGCAUUCGUGUUUUCAUGCUAGUUGCUUUUUCCUAAUUUAAUUACGUCGCAUCUAGAAGCAGUUUUACGACAACGGUACGGUGCGGAUGACGGAGACCCAAAAACAAGCUGACGUUAAACGCGAUAUAAUAAGUAAUAAUACAAAAAAUACAAAUAUAAAAUGAUAAUAAUCAUAAAAAAAACAUAAAUCUAGUCCAGAGUUUUGUUUUGAUUAUUCUCAACGUGCGCGCGCGUUUCUUACCAAAAUCUGCAGUCGUCAUAUUUGAAAAUAUUUACUAAAUAAAAAUUACCGUAAAGUUAAACAUUGAAAUGAAAAUAGAAAUCAAAUUAAUUAAUUUAAAACAAUUAAAAAUAAUAUUAACUGCAACAAAAAAAUGUACACAUAUGUACACAAUGUUUUAAUUUUAAUUACAUUGAUAAAAACAGUGCAUUUUUAAUAUCUCUACUACAAGAAAAUACAAAAAAAAAAAAUAAAAAAAAAAAGUGCAGAGCAUAAUACAUUAAAGCACAACCAACCAUAAUCCACCACAUAGUAUUAGCAUACAUAUAUACAUACAUCCAUAUGUACAUUGUACAUAUGUAUGUAUGUAUGUACAUAUGUGCUAUAUAUUUGAAACUAUACUAUACAUAUAAUAUCUUUUUAGUUUUUGCAUUGUCCUACAUUAGAACUUGACAUUUUAUUUUGUUUUUGUUUAUGUGUUUCGUAUUUUGUAUGUGGAUUGAAAGACGAAAGUAGAGGGAUUCACAGCCAACAACAAUAACAUCCUCCGCAUCAAACAAGAAAUAUAUAAUUUCUUAAAAUAUAACAGUGUACACAACCAGGGGUUUCAUUAUCUGUAAAAAGAAAAAAAAUCAAAUAAAUGUUAUGAUUUUUCCAAACAGUGUUGCCAAAUUCGUUAUUAAUAAAAACUGGAAAAUCGUUAAUGGCUAACUUGGUGACUGUAAUCAGGGCUGCCAGGAACUUUUGUCCACAAUCGCAAUAUUAAGAAAAAAUCCCCAAAAAUCCCUCAAUUCAAAACGCUGGAGUGCUAUAUUCGACUGGCUCAAAAUAUCCUUCAUCUCAGUACAAAUAAAAAAAAAUAUUUUUUAUGAAAAAGUUUGGCAGGCCUGUUUAUAAAGAACAUUCCGAAAUUCCACAACUUACUUCGGGAAGUUCAUUUCAACCAGCACGCCCUACCUAUAAAAAUCCUGAAUAUACAGUGAGUGACAAUACAAUGCAAACUUUUUUCAAAAACAUGAACUUUUACCAAAUAUAUACAUAUGUAUAUUUACUAGGUUUUCUAUUAAAAUGUAGUAAAUUUCAGCGUUUUUAAGAAUUCAAGUUUAGCAAAACUUGAUCUAUAUAACGUGGUUAUACUUCCUAGCAUUUGCAAAACAAUGGAAACUUUUAAACAGCUGCUAGAAAAAAUACUGAAGCAAAAACAAUUAAAAAUUCGUCACAACAUUUUCGCAUUAAAAAUCAGCUUUUUAUUAGCAUAAAUUCAAGAAUCAAGAGAGAGAGAUAGAAACAUAGUUAGAUAUACGAAAAAAAACUAGCACCGAGCUGUUAGCGUGCAUAUAUUUAGCAUAUAUAGAUAAUGCAAGUGUCAAUACCAUCCUAUUCGAAAAAAUCUAUAAAUUCCACAGCUGUCUUAACAGAAUCAUUAAAGAGAAUAUUUUAUUGUGCGGUUUUCUUUCAAAUUAUUAAUGCUGAUGAAGAAUUUAUAAAUAGCGAUUGCCUGUAUAAUAAAACUGAAAUAACAAACACAACGAAAUUUAAAACUGCUUUUUUAAAAUCGUUAACGGCAUCUGGUAACUGUAACAGUUCGGUAACUGCUCAGCAAAAUCCUAACGAAUUUAUGGGCGAAAAGGUUGUAAUGGCUGGAGCUAGUUGUAAACGUUAUUUGCAAAAUAAGUUGGGAGAACGUAAACGUAGGCGACCCAAUUCAGCUCUGGCAGAGGCGGCGGAAAUUGUGAACGAACGGGUUGUCGGUGGUGAUACGUCAUCCACCCGUUUAAGGCAAACUACACAACGACAGUCAACUCAAAGACAUUUAAUAGCAACAAUCAAUAAUUUAACUAAAACCAAUAAAACGGAUAUACAAUCACAUGUGGCAACAGCAGGUUCCAAGAAAUAUUUAAGAUCUAAUAAGCAGGAUAAUGAGCUCUUGCGUGACUGUGAAGAUUUAAAGAAACCUAGUAUAUCUCCAACAUAUGAUACCAUGAAUUUUAGAGAGUCCGAUAGAAGCGAUAUAGACAACAGUAGGAACAUAAUGUCCUUGGCAAAUGGCAACAAUCAUGAUUUUAAGAAUGAUGAAAAUGAAGAAAACUAUAAAAAUUUGCAAGACUUUGAAGGCGAAGAGGAGGAUAUGGGUGAAGCUUUAGAGAGAGAGAGAAUGAAACAUGAGACGCAAAGUGGAAACGAGGAAACUUCUUACAAUUGCAGUAGCAGCAGCAGUAGCAGCAGCAGUAGUAUUAGACCGCCCAGUUUAAUGGACAUAAAUGAAAAUGAAAAUGCCCAUGUACCAUUAUCAUAUCAUACAACGAAAACAGACGAAUAUGAAGGCUUAGGUAAUGUUGCUUUUGGAAACCAUAAUACAAUUUCUAUGCAAAACUAUGUCAAAGAUACAGAGGAAUCGAAUGUUAGGGAAAUUCCAAAAAGCUCUGGAGCAGAUGAUGAUGUUGUAAAUAAACAUUCUGUUUUCACCAGCACAUCUUCUAACGAAUUACAAACCACCUCCAAUAACUCGCUAUUUCAGGUGACUGAACAGAUGUCAUCAUCAUCCAGAGCUCAGUUCAGUAACAACGAUGAAGAACAGCAAGUAUGUUCAGAAAAUAGCUUAUCGUCAGAGCCAAGCGGCGAAAUAUCUAUGGAAAAUACCAAAUCUAAGCAGCAACACGAUGAGAUUAACCCAAACGAAAUCGACGAACAAAGUCAAAACCACGUAUUCAAAUUAACGAAUCUAACAAUGAAUACGAGUUUAAUUAAUAAUAGCACAAAACAUCCGCAAAACACUACAAAUAUUGGUAACAUAAGUUCGACCGAUGAUGAACAAUAUCAUCAUUAUAAUGCCGAUGAAAAUAAUGGUUGUGCAAUCCAAACUUCCAAACAACCAACAACACCACCACCACCACCAACGCCAACGCCAAUUAAUAUUACUCAACAAUCGAAAAAAGAGACUUCCAACGAAAGCGCUACAUGUUUUCAAGAAACAGUCAUGACUGAACAUGACUGUCCCGAUAAUGUGGUAUCAUCUGCUGUAGGAACAGAUGCAGAUAAUACAGACACUGACUACAUGAAGGAAGAGGAGGCCGGUACCUUCAAUAAUCCAAAAACUUCCAUAAAUAUUAAUAUUGGUAAUAUUGAUCAACACAAUAACAGUGAUUGCAAAGAAACUAAUUUAAAACUAGAUCCCACCACAUUAAAUCAAUCUCGACACGAAUCUUUAGAACAACAAGAGAAAACUUCAGAAAAACUUCAUGACAAAUUAGAAAAUAGAAAUCAACAGCAGCAAGAGCACCAAGAGCAAGAGCAAAACUCUCAAGAACAGGAUCAAGAAGAGGAUCAACCUUUUGAUAAUUAUUUGGAACAGCAUACUCAAGUGCAGCAUGCUGAAUUUGAGAUGCAACAAACUGAGACAAUUACCCACCAGCAACAUGAAAAAGAUAUAAUCGAUGCAGCUGACAAGGUCUACACACAAAUUGAAGAGCAAUACCAUCAGCACCAGCAACAACAACAUGUCCCAUCAAUACCCUCGACAUACGAACAAAUGAUAAGUAACCAUCAACACCAAACAAACAACCAAACCGAUCACGACGAACACCAGCAUAGCAUAGUUCAUUCUCACCAACAACAACUACAUACUCUCCAACAUUCUAUGCAACAAUAUUCAGCAGAUCAAUUAUAUCAAUUGCAACAGCAGCAACAGGAACACCAUCACCAGCAAUUGCAUAUGAAUCAUCAAAUGCAUCAGAAACAACAAGAGGAGUUGCAACAACAACAACAGCACCAUAACAUACCAGAAAAUCCCCAAAUAGAACAUAGACAGCAACAACAACAUUCACACAUUAUGGACUUUUUACAUCCAAAUCAUCAUCAUCACCCGAAUUCAUCAAACACCCACAGUCCUUUACAUCAGCAGCAGCAGCAAAUUCACGAAGUGUAUCAUGACCUGAUGAUGGACGAGUUUCACGAAGAACACAAUCCACCCUAUAAACUAGGACUCUCUCCGUCGACGGUUAAACAUGAGAACCAAGAUGAUGGCUACGAGACUAGUGCUGGUGACGUUCUUACGCCAAACUCACACGCAUCAUCCACGCAUUCAGUGACACCCCAACAUCACAUGCAACACGGUGGUCUAGUUACAAAUGUUGUAAAGUGUGAGGAUCAACAGCGACUUCAACAGCAGUCUAAACACAACACUCACGGAAUUAAUGAACGAAAUCCGAAUAUUCAACAAGAAUUGGUAACCAAUGAAUCGACGUCAAAUAUUACGCCCCGAGAUCCUUAUCACUUUAUCGAUGACGACCUAAAUUCAGCGAAUAGCAAUAAUCUGCGUAACAUCUUAACCCCUCCACAUUCUCUUACACGCAGUAACCAAGAGGGGGUACCAAUUAAUGAUUUUAUGGUUAUGCAAUCUGAUGCCUCAGCAUCAAACAGCCUAAAUCAAACCAAUGAUAUGUACGCCCUAACAAACACAAGGUCAGUUCGUCAUCAUCAUUCACAAAAGCCGACCUGUUUGGAUAUUAACUUAACGACACCAAGAACGAAUGCGGAGCUUGAACUACAUUUUUCUGGAGCAUCUGCUGAUAUUGUUGUGCCGGAACCGGCUGAUAUUUUAAACCUACAGACGAAAUCAAUUCAAAAAAGACGAGGACGCAAGAAAAAGGUACCGGAUGGCGGCGGAUUACCACCAACGUUAGAUGGGUCAAAUCCAAAUGAUGUUAACUUGAUUGCAGGAUUUACCAAAACGAAGGAACGUAAGAAACACGAUCGUUUUAAUGGCAUGUCGGAAGAGGAAGUGGUCAAACGCAUACUACCAGAUCAUUUGUGCGAUAACUUAGAUAUUGUUAUAAUUGGUAUUAAUCCUGGCUUAUUUGCGGCAUAUAAAGGUCACCAUUAUGCAGGACCCGGUAACCAUUUUUGGAAAUGUUUGUAUUUGUCUGGCCUAACACAAGAACAAAUGAAUGCUGAUGAAGACUUUAAGCUGAUUAAAUAUGGCAUAGGCUUUACCAACAUGGUACAAAGAGCUACUAAAGGAUCAGCCGAUUUAACGCGGAAGGAAAUAAAAGAAGGGAGUCGCAUUCUUCUAGAAAAAUUGCAAAGAUUUCGUCCAAAGAUUGCCGUCUUUAAUGGUAAACUGAUAUUUGAAGUGUUUUCGGGUAAAAAAGAUUUCAAUUUCGGUCGACAGCCAGAAUGUGUGGAAGGAACAGAUACCUUUAUUUGGGUUAUGCCUUCAUCUUCUGCACGUUGUGCUCAGUUGCCGAGAGCUGCCGAUAAGGUGCCAUUUUAUGCAGCUCUAAAGAAAUUUCGAGACUAUCUAAAUGGCCUAAUACCACACAUUGAUCAAUCCGAGUGCGUUUUUACAGAAGAGCGCAUUAAACAACAAUGCGAACAGGAAAAUUAUAAAAAUCAACAAAACAGCGCAUCAGAGGCAAAUGAGACGGCGUAUCAAAAUGUCAUAGGGAUGUCAAACACGAAUAAUCCAUUACAAAACCCUGUAGUAGGUUAUUCAUUUGACCCUGAAACUAAUGCGCAUGGUGCUGGUGAAGGGCCUGGACCACCACCACCGCCGCCACCAGUGGCAGACAACAAUGUAAGUAAUAAUUUCAUGAUGUCAUCAUUGGUAGGUACUCAGCACGAAAAAAAGAAACGAGGCCGACCAAAAAAGAUUAAAGGUCAGGAAAUUAUCGAUCCAGUCACAGGUAAUAAAAUACAUGUGAAUAACCAAUUGAUGAUGGGAAAUAGUGGAGAAUACGCCAAUAUAUUAAACCUGUCCGUGGCACAAGUGUCCAACAAUGAAAUGCCAAAGAAAAAGCGCGGUAGACCCAAAAAGGUUAAACCACAUCCGAAUAUGCUGCAGCAGCAGGAUAUUGGACAAGCUACUGCGAUGUUAAGCCAGAAACCCAACAUAAUGUCUAUUCAAUCACUGACAAGUGAUAUAACACAAGGUUCACCACAUCAAAUGCAGGGAUUGCCAACAAAUCAUCAGCAUGUGGCAUUGUACUCAACUCCGCCACCACAUCAAAGAAGCAUUUAUUCACCAAUGGAUUCUCCAAUGGAUUCUCCAUCGCUUAAUUGCUCCUAUACCACCAAUACACCUCCUUCUCAGCCACAUCAUGAUAAGUUGGGCCUAAAUAACAAUGGGAGGGAGUCUUCUAAAGCAACAACGGCAGAUUUAGUGCCAUCAGCACAUCGCCAGCAUCCUAUAGAUGAUCAAAAUUUUGGUGAUUCACCACCACCCAGUUCUCCCAACAUCUGUACUGUUGACUUUGAGCCACCUACGGGUUCAACUGCAGCUUCAUCGAUUGUAAGCGAAAAUGUUAAUGGCGAUUUGAAUGCAAUACAUCAACGAUUGCACAGCAACCAUCAAAGAUCACGUUUUAAUAGUCCUAUCAGCGCCGAAGCUAUACCAGACCAUAAUGUAAACGAACACUUUCAGCAGUGGCUGUCACCCCAACCCAACCAUAAUAUGCAUUCUCCUGCAGCAACUGCCACAAGUACAAUGUUUGCAAAUUCUCCCCAACAGCCAUCGCUAAAUUAUCAUGAUCAACCUCAACAACAACAAAUGCAAACUAUCCAACAACAACAGCAACCACAACACCAAGAAAUUCAGCCACAAUGGCCCUUAAGGCAUCAAAGCCGUUAUGACGAUCCGUACUUAUUAAGUUCUCAGCUUCAUCAGACACAUUCACACAAUCACGCCACAGAUCAUAAUCAUCAAAGUCAACAUAACGCAGGUGAUGUUGCGCGUAAAAGUCUAUCCGGUCUGGAGUCCUUGGUGGACCAAAUACCCACUAUUUCGGAGAGUGAAUCGAUUGCUCUCUCCUCUGCAGCAGCUGUCAAUGCCCAGGUUGCUGCAGCCGCAGCUGUUGAAAGUAGGCUACAAGGUAUACAAAACGCGUCCAUUGCCGACUCGCAGGUGGUCGGGGACGACUCUUUUUCAUCUACAACAGGUCCACAAAAUCUUUUAACUGCCAGCACCAUCCCAACUUCAGCGCCCUCAAAUAACAAUCAAGUGCAACAGUCCAAUACCACUACGAAUUUGUUAAAUAGUAAUUUUUCUGUCAGCAAUUUAGCAGCGUCUGCUGCCUCAAGUAAUAACAACCACCACGAAAAUUAUGGUCUGCCCUCAAACAACAGACCUCUAGCCAAUCCCAAUGCUUAUCACCAUUCAAAUCUAAUGGCUGCAGCCGUGUUAGCUGCUGCCGCAGCUAAUACACCAACUAAUCUUUCAACACCUACUGCUGCUGCAGCCGCUACCAGCCAUCAUACAUCAAUGUACAUGGAUCCACAUGCUCAUUUAACAACACAUUUACCUGUCAAUUCAAUAUAUCCCGCGGCAGCACCACCACCAACGCACCACCAUCAUCAUCAUUCAGCUGUGGCAGCUGCACAUCAUCACCAUGCAGUGACGCACUAUGGCAGUGCUCCUCAACAUUCGGCAUCUGACUAUGCAACUACGCAUAAUCCUUAUGCGCCCACACAAAGCAGCGUCGCUACUAGCCAUACUCUUCAUAUGCCUAGUCCCAACUACCCAUAUGGCUACGCCACAGCCUCGAGUCAAAGCAACUACUCAGCUUAUCCCCACUCUCAUCACGCCAACCAUCAUCAUGGCCAUCCACAUGCUCAUCAUACAGCCCAUCAUUUGGCCAUGUUCGAUCGAUUGAAACCCUCCGAUAUAACGGGCUACACUAGUGGUUUCUGAUGGUGAUUAAAUUCAAAUGAACAGUCACAUCUACACAAAAGGCUAAUUGACCCCAAUUGAAGAUAAUAAUUGUCCACAUUUAAGCUCUGUGAAGUAUUAUGCUGCUAAAAACUAUCUAUACCACAUACAUAUAUACAUACUAAAUGUAAAAAAUAUUUAUUAAAAAUUCCUAAGUACAUACAAACAUAAAUACACUUACUUCUCAAACAUGACACGACAACAAAUGCUCCUCUAUAUACAUAUAUGUAUACUAAGGGCCGUUUUCCCAUUUGGUGAUUGAUUAUCUUUUUUCCCAACGAAAAACUACAGAUUAAUGAAAUUUGGUUUUCUCAAUGUCUCAUUUGCUUUUAUUCUGUCGCAAAGCUAACCCGACCUCAUCUGCCAAUUAUUUAUUUAUCGUACAGAUAAAUUCAAUCAGCUGACUGCUGUUCAUAGUUUUUAUAUGUUUGUGUUUUUGUAAACGAUAUUAAAUAUAUUUUACAAAAAAAAAAGGUUUAAUAGAGGAAUUAACAUUAAUUUGAUGGAAGAUGAACUCGAAGAACAUAAGUUCCAAGUGAAUGUUGAAAGAGUUUAUCAUGCCAGGCCUAACUUCCUGUAUUUUUCAAAAGAUUCCAGCCAUGGCAUAAUGAUUAUAAGGUGUAUGCGUUACGGCAACAAAUACAACAAUACAAAAACAAAUAACUUUUAUAGUGUCAAAAACAGCUGCUUAAUGUAUACAAAUUACAGCAAAACAAAUUUUGACAAGAUGAAAGUUGUAAACAAACUCGACCAAAAAAUAAUCAGCUGUUUGGUUAAUGUCACCUUGUAUAUCAUUACACCAUGAUUCCGGUUGUCGUUGGCCACAUUAAACAAUUGAUUUAUGUAAACAUGUUGUCACUUUGAGAGGUAUUGCCAUCUGAAAAUAAUGAUUUUUGUCGGUAUAUUGAGAAAACCAAAAUUGUUAACGGACAGUUUAUCGGCCUAAUAAAUUUAUGUCGACAUUUAUUAACUGGCAGUUUGGCGAUACAUACAUUGAGAAAACGGGCCUAAGUAUAUGUAAGUGUGAAAAACGCCAGUGAAAUUACAUGGAAAAACGAAUAACUAAACUGCGUAAUGAACGAUAAUAACAUUUUCUAAAUAUGAGUUAAAGAUAAUUUUUGUGAACAAUCAACAGAACGAAACAAAUUGAUUUUUUUCAGCGGCGCUAAACUUUGCAUGUAUGUAGAUGUCAUAAUCAAGUUCUAUGCCUACAAUUACCCUCUUUUAUUGACGGUGAUGAACCAUCAUAGUUUUCUAUACAACGGUAAAUGCCGAUAUAACAUAACAUUGCAUUGAUUUUUAUUAAAUAUGCCUCAUAUUAUUUACAACAUAUCAUUCUUAGACGAUUUUUAUGGAUAUAUUUAAAUUUUGUUCGCUAUAACAAUCUGAAUAUUUCCGAAACUAUUGAACAGAUUAGUAAAUAAUGCUAGUAAACUUGAAGGUAAUUUGAAUUAUAAUUAUACCCUACACCACCAUAGCACAGGGGUUUAGAAACUUUUUUUUUGGAAAUAAUUCGGUAUCUUGGGAAUUAUUGGAUAUAUUGUUACGAAAUUUCACAAUUUUUGAGCUGAGGAGUUUUCGAGUUGAUUUACCUUUCUUCAGCUUUUUCGAGGAUCAGUGCUUUGCCUUUUUAGAAUUUUCUACUGAAACCGAAAUUUUUUUUAAAAUUGACCAAGUUUGGAUAGGUAUGAGGGGUGAUAUGUCUGCUUUAGGGAGUCAAAUUUUUCUUAACACGCUUUUGCAUAAAGUUAUCUUUUCGAAUCAUAUAAAAAUUCUAUAUAGUCCCGAAGAAAAUUUUUUUCUACAAAAGAAAAAAUAUAUGGGCUUUUUUGGGAAAAAACGUAAAAAAUACGGCCAUUUUUACAAGUUCCAACUUUGGAUGCGUAUAACUUUUUAUACAAGUUUCUUUUAUUUUAUUUAGAAUUUUAUCGCCAAUACAGCUGAUAUUUUAAAAAUAAAUUUCGACCCUCCAUAGGCCCGCCAUAUCUAAAAAACCAUGAUAAGAUCGAGCAAAAAUUAAAAAAAAAAAAUCAAUAAACCUGAAUAUCUCUUCAACUAAUAGAGAUAACCUACACUUGUAAGCGUAUUUUUUGUAGACCUUCUCAAGGACUAUUUAUAUUUAAAAUUUCAGCUCAUUCGGAUCAUAAAUGGAUUUUUGGCGAUUUUUUAAAAAAUAAUUGAGACACUGGCCCCCAUUAUCGCUAGGAAGCUUAUAAAACGUAAAUCAACUCGAAAACCCCUCACCUCGAACCAUGUGAAAUUUCGUAACAAUGUGUCUAAUAGUUGGCGAGAUACCGAAUUAUUUCCAAAAAAAAAGUUUCUAAACCACUGUGCAUAGUGGAGAGGGUAUUAUGAGUUUGUGCUGGUGUUUACAACGUAUGCAGAUCGACUCACAGGCCUACCUAAAUCAGAGCGUAAACAAAAUUUUGUAAACAAAAAUUUUAUAAAAAAAAACUAAAUAUCAAGGUUGGCAACCGAUACCGUUAUAAAUACCGAUACCGAUUAAAGACCGUUUAAAAUUGAGUACCGGUAUUGAUAGCGAUACCGAAAUAAUUAUUUCGGUAAAAUACUGGUAUUCAAAUACCGUUUCCUCUAAUACCGGUAUCAAUGCCGUUAUCAUAACGGUAUCAAUACCUUUAUCAUACCGGUAUCAAUUGCAAAUCAAUACCGGUAUCAUAGCGGCAUUAUAAUUAAAUUUUGCAAAAAUGGUUAAAAUUAUAUAUGUACGUUUUUUAACAAUUUUGUUGCUAGUAGAAAGUAUUUGAACCUUGACGACAGGGAAGGCAAAAUUAUUACGACCUUACUUUUUUCAUACUAUGUAUUUGAUGUUCAAUACACAGAAAAAAGUUUCAACAUAAAUAUUAUGAUUUGAUUUCAUUGAUUUCAAUUCAUAACAUUUAUAAAUAAUUUCUUAAAUAGUAUGAUUUAUUUCAUAUUUUAUGUUUUCAAAAAAAAUCUAGAAGGCUUGAAUAAUAUUAUUUCCAUUUCAUUUAUAUACAUAUAUUUUUAUGUUGUUCAAAAAUGUUAGAAAUUCUGCUUUGAAACUUUUUUAUGAUUUUCAGCUACAAAAUGAGAAAAUAUGCGCGAAAUUCACUAAAUUUUGUUAAAAGCAUUAAAUGCUUUAAUGUUUAUUGAUGUUUUAUUAUGAUUAAUGAUAUUUUUUAAAUUUCAGAUAUUUAUAAUUCAUCUUAAUAUAUUGGCCAAUAUAUUGUUAUUAUGCAACAAUUUUGUGAAAUAAUUCAUUAGUUAUAAUGCAAUUUAUUAUAAAAUAGCAUACAAUUUACGUAAAAAAAUUAAAAAUGUCCGUCAUGUACAAUUUUAUAAUAUUUAUGAACAUGUUCUUAUUCUGAAUGAAAAUAGUUUGGGAAAUAAAAGUCAAGUUCGAUUAAUAAUAUUUAUUACAAAAUUCAUUCCAAUUAUGAAUUUAUUUUUUCUGUUACUAUAGUAACUUGAUACACCCGAUACGAAAAAGAUUGAGCAAAAUUAAAAAAAAUAAAUCAAUAAACUUAAAUAUCUCUUCAACUAAUAGAGAUAACCUACACAUGUAAGCGUAUUUUUGUAGAUCUUCUCAAGGACUAUUUUGGAUUUUUGGCGAUUUUUUUUAUAAAUUUGAGACCCGAGGUGACCAAAUUUGAAGGGCUACGCACUGGCCCCCAUUAGCGCUAGGUAGAUGAACAAAUGUAAAUCAACUCGAAAACACCUCAUCUCCAAUCAUGUGAAAUUUCGUAACAAUAUUUCCAAUAGUUCCCUAUGGAUCGGUCCAUAAUUAGUCAUAGUUCCCAUAUAAUGUUUUUGUUCAUUUACUUAGUGUUGACGGGGUAUUAUAUGGUCGGACUUGACCAUAUAUAUUUAGAUUUUUUAAACAUUUUGUUAUGUUUGAUGCAUUUAAUUUUAAUACCGGUAUAAAUACCGAUAUAUUAGUUUUAUACCGGUAUACCGAUACCGAUAUAAUUUAAAUAUCGUUACCGAUACCGAAAUAAUAAAAUUAAUACCGAUACAGUUAUUCGUUUCGGUUGCCAACCUUGAAAAAAUUUCCUAAAAUAAUACUAUUGUGUAUGCUAUGUUUAUUGUGUUGUCGUAACCAACCAGCAGCGACCUGCGCCGAACGCGUAAAAGUCGCUUAAGUCGAACCGCAGAGUCGAAAAAUAUUAGGACAUUAUGUUUGAAAAAUGUGAAAAUAGUUAUAUUUUUUCUUUGUAAAUGUAUUCCCAAACUUUGGAACCUUCGUUUACGAGUUAAAAUUAUCACAUUUGACACAAAUUUUUAGAGUUAAACUAUUCUAUACACACACUCCUCUAAAUUCCCAAAAUAAAAUAUUUUCAUACCAUAAAAUAUAACUAUUGAUUUUCCACUAAAACUCCAUUUUUUAUCUCAAAACAAAGUGGUCAGACUUAAAAAGUUCCUUUAGUCUAUACUAAUGUGAAUGUUAUAUUAGAUUCGGCAUAGCCGUAUAUAGACAUACUAUUUUUUUUGUUUGAGGUUAUACCAUUGUCACAAAUCAUCUUAAACAGCUGAAGUCUGUAAAUGUUGAGUAUUUUAUGGUGGUCCUAAGCAAUAAAUUCGACAAAAUUACGUUCAAAGUAUAACUAUUUUUUUUUUUUUAAUUUUCUGCUUAAUUAAGCUUUUUUAAUAUACAUAAUUACUUUGAUUGUGGAUUUUGCCUAGAAAUAAAUGCUGAAACACUAAAAUCUGUGGUCUCCACAUAACGAUUAUGUGUUGACAAUUGCCAACAUGAAUAAAUUUCCCAAUCAAUACAUGUAAACAGGGUAAUCGCAUUAAACAGCACAAUUUUUUUAAACUACACAAAUAUAGUUUAAGGACGUCAAGCUAAAAUAACAAAAUAAAAUUAAAAAACAUUUUGUUACUCAACCAUAUAUUCCGAGUUAUGGACCUCUCAUUUUAAAACGGUAAUUUUUCUUUUUAUUUCCUUCUGAUCGAAACAUUUUUAGAUCGUUUGAAAGCUUUUCGAAAUAGCUUUAAAAUAAGAUAUAAACCAUCCCAAAUUAUUACAGAUAAUAAAACCAUUACAAAAAAUGCAUACCAUUAAUCAGGCAUUUUACCAAAAAUGAUUGGGAGAAAAACACAAAAUUUUGAAUUCUGAUUCUAAUGGCCAGUUUUUGACUUCGUAUUUAAAUAUUUAUUUAGUUAAUUUUUUUAUUUUCAAAUCACUGCUAUAUAAUUUUUCUUAUUUAAAUAAGACAAAAUUAUUGUAGCACUACCAAAUAUCAAAAAAUUAUCUAUAGUUUUGCAGCUGUUCAACCAAAACAAAAAUUGAUACAUUUUGCCCAAUAUAAAAAAAGGUUAUUAGAGAAUAAAGUUAUUGGUAGGAAAAUGCCUCAAUUUCCUCGCAUCGGAAGUGUAGUUUUUGUUAGAUGCUGUAAAAAAAUUCAGCGCUACAAUAGAGUGACAAAAAAAAACAGACAACACGAAAGUCAGCUGUCAAAAACAUAUGGUAGUUAAUAAAACUUAAAUAGAAGAACUUAAAUAUAAUAAAUAUUUAAAUACGAUGUCAAAAAUUAGCUCUAAUGGUUUCAACUAUUUUAUAUCUCAUAUAAAAGGUAUUUUAAAAUAUUUAUAAAAAAUAUAUUUAAUGGAAAUUCAACAUAUCCAAUAUUCGAAUUUUGGAGGCCCAUAUCUCGGGAACUAUGGACCAUAAGUUAAAGUUUAGCAUCCUAAAACUAUUUAUAGAAAUUAGGGUUUUAUCUAUGCAACGUUCGGCUAAUCCGAUCUUUUUCGCAGGCUCUUUUUUUUUGCGAUUUUACACAACAGGAUUAUUCAUUUUAUGAAAUGAUUUAUUUGUUAGACACUUUGAAAGUUCUUCGGAAUGGACGUUCACAGUGUUUUCUAGCUUGCCGAUACAAAGAAUAGGGUUUUAAGUUUUUCAUUUUCAUUAUAUGUAUAACUGUAGAAACUGCAUGUACAUUUAUCACUAGGGGGCGGAUUUUCAUGAGCCUAAGAAUAUGCUUUAUUAAACAAUGAUUGUUAAAGUAUGAAAACCAGAGACCCAAAAUAACGGGUUCCCUUUCAUUUCAAUGGUAAAUUCUCAUUCGCAGCCAUUUAAAAGUAAUUUUUUGUGAUAUAUCACUGAGAGAGUGAUUUAUUCGAUAACAUUUUAGGUUUGGCGUUGAGAGAAACAGAAAAGAAACAAACACAAAUAAUCUGAAUGAGUAAAGGUCAGCUUGUGACUUUUAUUUGCAAACAUGAAAAAUAAAUUUCAAAAAUGCAUUUGAUGCAAAUCAACGCUUAAAUAUGUAUAUAAAAUUUAUCAAAAGAUUAAUAACAAAUUAAAAAGAAAUCUCACUUCUGUUACUCAGACUUCAUUACUUCAUAUUUAUCAUAUUAUUUCCAUAAUUUUUUAAAAAUUACUAACAAUGGUAUGUUAUUGUAUGUAAAUAAAAGAGAUAGUAACAGUUAUUAAGAACAAUAAUAAUUGAAUUGUUUAUCACAUCAAACCAUUAAAAAACAACAAAAACAAAUAAAAGACAUACCAAACCAUUUAAAUAAAAAUCAUUUUAUAACUGUUAUUUUCAGUGAUUUAUUUUUAUCACAAAAAUAUAAAUCACAAUUUGUGUUUUUUGGUAUAUGGACGAGUUAUUUUCGAUCUCUGAUGAAAACAAACAAACAAACAGAACGAGUAUUGAUAUAUUUUGUUUUUGUUGUUUUUCGUUGUAAUAACUAUUUCGUUUAACAGAUUUCUUGCCUAUCUUUAGGCGCAUAAAUUUAUUUAUUUAUCACAUAUUUAUCAAACAACCUGGGCCCUAUUCCACAAAACAACUUAUCAACUUUUCACUUUGCACUUAUCAAAUUUUUGGUCAAUUUGCAAAACUUUAUAUUCCUCAGAACUAUAAAAUUUGAUAAUUUCUGUUCCACGUACGUUCUCUUGUUCAAAGUGCAAAGUUAAUAUUGAAAAGUAUAAUUUGCAAAGAUUUUGUGCUGUUUCGUUCCACAAAAACUGUAAAUUCUAUUUCUGCACAGCAAAUUUUGAUAAGUUUGUCAAAAAAUUGCAAGGUAAACAACGAUCGCUUUACAAAUUCGUAUUGUUAUAACUAGUGAAGCUUUAAAAACGUUAAGACGUGAAUUUUUGUUCAACGAUAGUGAAGACGCGGUUAUAAUAAGAAAUUAUAGAGACCGAUUAAUAUUUCAUAACUACAAAACUUUAAUUUAAAAAAAAAUUUAAAAUGAAUAAAAAAAUGGAAAAAUAUUAAAAAAUAAAUUUUGAAAAAAAUUGUUUUCAUAAAAUUGUCACUAAAAAAAUAACAAAAUUUUUUUUUAAAAAUUAAUUUUGGAAAAACAAUUUUGGCAUAAAAUUUUUGUCACUAAAAAAAUUUAAAAACAUUUUUAAACAAAAAAUAUUUGUUUACAUAAAAAUAUAGUGGCAUGUCACAGUGUCCAUUGACAUAAUGUCCAUGGACAUUAUGACACCCCAUAAAGUGACAUUAUGUCCAUGGACAUUAUGUCAUUUUGGUAGUGUCAUUAUGUCCAUGGACACUAUGUCACCAUGCUUAUGGAUAUUAUGACACUUUUGAAAGUGUCAUAAUGUAAAAUUUUGUUCAGAAAAACUAAUUUUUAUAAAAUUUUUGAUCUUAGUAACAGUUUAUAUUUUCAUAUAUUAGAAAACUUCAUGUAGCGAAGCCGCCUGUCGCGUUCCAUGGAGGAGAAAGCCCCUAAAAGAGGCCGCAGGCAGCCAAUAAGAAAUACCUUUUUCUGCGAUACCGAAUAGUUGCUCGCCAUUCUACUGAGUGCAAAAAAAACUUGUCUUUGUAAAUAAAGUUUUUCUGCGUGGCGGCCUACGGCCGCUCUCUCGGGCUUGACCGGUGGACAUUAUGUCAAUGGACACUGUGACAUGCCACCAAAAAUAUUUAGAAUUUUUAUUUCAAAGUAUAAUUUGGUGAAUGGUAUACAUCCGAAUAUAGCUCUCUUACUAGUUCUUUAUUCACAUGUAACAGUGGAAGUAUUUUUACCAUGUUAUUACGUGUUAAAAUGUUCUAUUUAGCAAAACAAAGUGAAAAGUAAUAUGGCAGAAAUGCAAAGAUGAUUAAAUGCUUUGUGGAACACUUUGCACAGAAAACCCAAAGACUUUGCAAAUAGAGCAACGAAUUUGCAAAGAGAACAAAGACUUUGCAAAAAUUAACUUAUUGCAAAGUGAGAAUAUUGUGGAACAGAAACACUUAUCACUUUGCCAAAAAAAAUUAAAUUUGAUUAGUGCAGAGUGAAAAGUUGAUAAGUUGUUUUGUGGAAUAGGGCCCAGUGGUGUGUAUGGAUGACGAAAUGUGAAAAGUAAAUGGGACUACUAUCGCAAUACGUACUGUUUCUUAGGCCCAACCACAUACAAAACUAUAAGUACAACUCACAGCUAGGCCGCUAUCGUAUUGUAAUUGAUUUAAUAACAAACUUUGCGUUUUAAAUUGUCAGUUAUUUUGGAAAACUGACUACAUACGCCCAAUUGUAGUAAAAGUAUUGUAUGUGAUUUAGUUUAAUGAUGAUGCUGGUGUUUUGUCUGUCUUACAGUUGACAAUUUAAGACUUGAGUUGUUUAUUUUGAAUUACAAUUGAAAAUGUUUAACUUUUAUUUUCAGUGUUGAUAUGUUAAUAAAUUGUUUUAUUAUUUUUUUUUUAAAUUGUAGCCAAGAAAUUAAAACAAUAAUUUAAUUAUGUACUAUUAAUAUAACUUUAAAUGUUAAUUACAGUAAUAAUAAUAUAAAAUAAUAAUAAUAAAUAUUAAAUAUUGAAAUUAUGUAUAAAUAAUUACAAUAUUUAUUAAUAAACAGAAAAUAAUAUCAAUAUUUAAUUGUGAACAUUAAAAAUCAAAACUAAGAAAUGCAAAUUCGGACUAACCGAUUUUUUUAUACCCACCACUAACCAUUAUAUAUAGUAUAUACAAUAUAAUUGUAGGAGUUCACAUAUUAUGCAUACGUUUGUAAUAUAAGUUUUUAUAUUAAAAUGUUUCAAACUGUAAUAAUAGUCUGUUCAGACCGAGACAAUUAACCCUAUGUCUCCACGUAGCAAUUUUUAUUGCUAAACACACGGCAAAUUGCUGAUUGCUUUAGGUGGAGAAAACGUUCGUCACAAAUACAAAAUUUUCAACGCGAGAAGUUCUAUGAAAAACUGAUGUGUAUUUUGCUUAUAUUUUGUGUUGAAUGAUUUUUUUCACUAAUUUCUUUGUUUUUUACAUUUGGUACUUAAAUAAAUUAAAUAUGUAUGAAUUAAUCGCACUGAAUCAUAGAAAGAAGAGAUUUUACAUUAAUGACAGCUGAACUGACAGCUCAUUGCUUAGCAAUAAUUGCUCAGGCAAUCAGUAAAGCAAUCAUUGCGCAAUGGAUUGCUACUUAUGGCAAUUUGCGGAUACAGUCGCAAAUUUCAUUGACACAAUCAAAUUUGACAAUUGCAGCAAUAAAUAUUGCUACGUGGAGACAUGGGGUAAGGCAAUUUCAACUGAAAUCUGCACAAAAAUAAUUAAUUUUCAUUACAUUUCGGCAACAUCACAUUUACUUGAAAUUGCAAUGAACAAUAUCUGUAUGAAUGGAGAAAUGUGGAAAGUAAAUUGGACUAACAACUCAAAAUGUACUGUUUAAGGCCCAACAACAUACAAUACUUUACCAACAACUGCAACUCACAGCUAGGCUUGCGUUUUAAAUUAUCAGCUGUUUUGUAAAUCUGACUAAGCGCAAUUGUAAUUUAAUAAACGAUAUUUUAAUCAAAAUAAAGACAUUGUCAAAAUAAGAAAAUUAAAUUAUUGAAUUUGCAUAAAAUGUGCAAAAUAAUUAAAUAAAUAUAAUUAAUAUAUGAUAAAACCUUAAAAUUUUUACUUAAAAAAAAAAACAAAUUGUUCCUGAGCGAUAUUAACUAAACUGUCAACUCUGUUUUGGUUUCGUCCGAAAUUUGGUUGCAUUCUGAAUGUGCUAUAAUUUAAAUACAUACAUUUAUUUUUCAAUUUCAUAUUACAGUAUAAACUCUACAUUAUCAUGGACUUAUUAUGUAUAAUUGUCUACUUUAAUUGUAUUGACAAGCAUUAAUUGAUAGCGCUAUAUGUACAUAACGUGGAGGGUAUAAGCAUUUUCUUGUAUACUGUAUAGUUUUAACUAGAAUUUUAAAUUUAUUUUUGUAUUAUUUAAAUGAAGAAUAUUAAGCGGUUGUGAAUAAAACGAAUAAAAA